AUGGCGUCGAAUGUGGUUCUUUGCCUCGUAGGCGUAGUUGUGUUGUCAGCCCCAGCUGCUACGCAGAUAACUACAACUAUACAAUCAGCCACUACAUCCACUGCACAGCCAACCACCACGACUGCUCAGCAAACAACUGCAACUGCACAACCAACCACUACAACUGCACAACCAACCACCACGACUGUUCAGCCAACUACACUGCACAGCACGCAACUGCACAGCCAACAACUACAACUGCACAAUCAACCACCACGACUACACAACCAACAACUACAACUGCACAGCCAACCACCACGACUGCACAACCAACAACUACAACUGCACAAUCAACCACCACGACUACACAACCAACAACUACCACAGCCAACAACUACAACUGCACAGCCAACAACUACAACUGCACAGCCAACAACUACAACUGCACAGCCAACAACUACAACUGCACAGCCAACAACUACAACUGCACAGCCAACAACUACAACUGCACAACCAAGCACCACAACUGGUCAGCCAACAACUACAACUGCACAGCCAACCACCACGACUGCUCAGCCAACAACUACAACUGCACAACCAACAACUACAACUGCACAGCCAACAACGACAACAGCACAGCCAACAACGACAACUGCACAGCCAACAACUACAACUGCACAGCCAACAACUACAACUGCACAGCCAACUACAACUGCACAAACAACCACCACGACUACACAACCAACAACUACAACUGCACAGCCAACCACCACGACUGCUCAGCCAACAACUACAACUGCACAGCCAACAACUACAACUGCACAAUCAACCACCACGACUACACAGCCAACUACUACAACUACUACAACUCCAACAACUACAACUGCACAGCCAACAACUACAACUGCACAGCCAACAACUACAACUGCACAAUGCAACAACUACAACUGCACAGCCAACCACCACGACUACAACUGCACAGCCAACAACUACAACUGCACAAUCAACCACCACGACUACACAGCCAACAACUACAACUGCACAGCCAACAACUACAACUGCACAGCCAACAACUACAACUGCACAGCCAACAACUACAACUACAACUACAACUGCACAACCAAGCACCACAACUGGUCAGCCAACAACUACAACUGCACAACCAACCACCACGACUGCUCAGCCAACAACUACAACUGCACAGCCAACAACUACAACUGCACAGCCAACAACUACAACUGCACAACCAACAACUACAACUGCACAGCCAACAACACUGCACAACAACCACCACGACUCAGCCAACAACUACUGACUGCUACUACAACUGCACAAGCAACAACUACAACUGAACAGCCAACCACUACAACUGCACAACCAACCACCACGACUGAUCAGCCAACAACUACAACUGCACAAGCAACAACUACAACUGCUCAGCCAACAACUACAACUGCAACAACUACAACUGCACAGCCAUCCACUACAACUGCACAACCAACCACCACGACUGCUCAGCCAACCACUACAACUGCACAACCAACCACCACGACUGCUCAGCCAACAAGUACAACUGCACAACCAACCACCACAACAACUGCUGCAGGAGUUACCACAACUGCUGCAGGAAUUACCACAACUGCUGCAGGAGUUACAACAACUGCUGCAGGAGUUACCACAACUGUUGCAGGAGUUACCACAACUGCUGCAGGAGUUACCACAACUGCUGCAGGAGUUACCACAACUGCUGCAGGAGUUACCACAACUACUGCAGGAAUUACCACAACUGCUGCAGGAGCUACCACAACUGUUGCAGGAGUUACCACAACUGCUGCAGGAGUUACCACAACUGCUGCAGGAGUUACCACAACUACCGCCCAACCAGGCACUACAGUUAACGGGCAGUCAACCACCAUAAUUUACACGGACCCCCCUCUACUUGACAUCUGUUUGGAUCCUACUAAUCCAGCAGAAAAUGAGGUGUGGCUGACUACGGGAGGCACUGACAGUUUCACUUCUCCAAACUAUCCAUCGAAUUACGGAAGUGGAGACGAUAAAGAAUGGGUGUUUUGCGCCGUUAAUUCAGCAGACAGGAUAAUGAUUACCUGCAGCGACUUCCAGGUCGGAGGCUUCUUCUUUGGCUGCGCGGAUGACACUUUGCUCAUCACCAACACCGAGGCAUCCAUCAGCGAAUAUUGUACAACGGACGGACCGCAGCUUGUGAAGACGACUUCACGAGGAACCAAAGUAAUCUUCACGACCUCGACGUCAAACCUUUACAAGGGCUUCACCUGCACUGCCCAAGCGGUGAGGGAAACGGAUUGCAAGAGCGCCACCGACCGUGCAAGUUACGAGGUGUGGUUAGUGAAUGGAAUUAGUGAGACCUUCACGUCUCCCAACCAUCCAAACAAUUAUGGCAGGGGAGACAGCAAGAGAUGGGUUUUCUGUGCUGUUGACCCCAACGACCACAUUCAGAUAUCUUGUAGCGACUUCAAUGUUGGUGGCUUCUUCUUCGAUUGCACUGACGAUACCUUCACCAUUUCCAACGUGGACUCCAAUAGUAACAACAAGUUCUGCUCAACUAACGGACCAAAAUUCGUGGACACGUCUGAACGCGACACCGUGGUCACUCUGUCCACCGGGUCGGCAUUCGGAUCUCCGGGUUUCAGCUGCACUGCCACGGCGCGCAGAACCCUGUGUCAGGACCCUGUCAAUAGAGAUCGUGAGUUCGAGCGGAAUUUCAUCAGUCGUCAACUGCUGUUCAAAGGUGAGAUCCUCCUAAUUACACCUGUGCUCCCAAGGAACACAGGUAACAGGAAGCUGGUGCUCUAUGCUAAGAAGAGUGGCGGGCUGUACUAA